AUGGUUGAGGCAAUGUCAGAAUCCUCUGUUGCUAUUUUUAUUACCUCCAUAACUGAUGUUAUUUCCUUUGCUGUGGGUUCAACAACUGAUAUUCUGGCAGUCAGGGGAUUUUGUAUGAUGACUUCUGCCUGUAUGCUCUUUACGUUUAUUUAUCAGAUAACAUUCUUUGCCAGUCUGAUGGUAAUUAGUGCAAAAUUGCAAAUGAAUGAACGUAAUGCUUGUUGUCCUUGUAUAAGGGUUAGGGAGGAUGAUGAGGAGAGUAAAAAGACAUCCAAAUCCGUACAAGAAACAAAAAUGGAGGAAGAAAAAGAAGCCGAUGAAGGUAUAGGAGAAGAAGUCGUUGAAUCCGGCGGUUUAAAUAAAUUAAAUAAUAAAUUAAAUAUAAUAACAUCUUCUGCUUCAUUUUCUUCUGAAUUUUCAAUUUCUACAAGUCAAUCGGUUGAAAAUAAAAUUAAUAAUACUAAAUCAAAAAAUACGCCAAUGUGCAAUUUCUUUAGGUAA